CAGCUCACUCAUCUCUGUGUGAGCGUGACUGUGUGUGUGAGAGGGAAAGACACAGAGAGAGAGAGAGAGAGAGAGAGAGAGAGGGAGAGAGAGAGAGUUCGAAUGUGAAGGUAUUUUUGUUCUUGUGUGGGAAGCACACACUGGAUGUACAGCAAUGAUAAAGAAAACACGAAUAACAAAGACAAAGGAAUCUAAAGGUAUUCUGUAUAGCGGGGUAGGGAAGAGGAUUAAUCCACUGGGUAUGUGAAAGCCUUGGCCGCUUUUCCAGUGUGCUUUAGGAUCACAGCUGUCCACUGCACACUCACUGUCACUCUCUGCACUGUGCUACAUGUGGCAACAGAUAGACAGAUAGAUAGAUAGAUAGAUAGAUAGAUAGAUAGAUAGAUUGAAUGAAGAAAGCAGAAAGGGAGGGAGAGCGCAAAACAAACAAGAAGAGAACGAGAAGGGGAGAGAGAGGGAGAGAGAGAGAGAGAGAGAGAGGGAGAAAGAUCCAUUCUCUUACCUCCAGUUUGCCAUACACAGUGGACUAACCCUGGACACACUAAGCGGAGGAGUGGUCUAGGAGCCAUGACAGGAGGUUUGUUCCUGACACUGUCCACCCUGUUACUGGUCCAGGCUGUCUCCUCCUGCCCUAAGGAGUGCUGGUGUGACAGUCAUGCCAAGGUGGUGGACUGCAGAGGACGAGGCUUGUAUGAAAUUCCGCACAAGCUCCAUGCAGAGACUCUGGAGCUACAUCUUCAGGACAACCACAUACGAGGCAUCGGUUCCAUGGCUUUUCGGGAAACGCCAUAUCUCCGAGUUCUGGAUCUGGCCAACAACAGCAUCACUAUGAUUUCUCCCAGUGCCCUAUUAGGGCUUAGGAGCUUAAAGACCCUCAUCCUGGCCAACAACUCUAUCCGGGAAGUGGAUCGCCGUUUAUUGGGCUCAGUACGCAAUCUAACCCACUUAGACCUGUCUCACAACAACAUAGGAGGGCUGCCCGGAGCACUAGCCGAUAGUUUCCACCAUCUAACCCACUUUUCAUUGCACUAUAACCGGCUGACCAAGCUGGAUCGUACUCACCUGGAUUCCCUCGGGAGCCUGCAGGUGCUGCACCUGACGAGUAACCCCUGGAAGUGCGACUGUCAUAUGAUAGGACUUAAGCUAUGGUUGGAAACGUUCACGUUUAAAGGUGGGGUGGUGGAUGGCGUUCCGUGUCAUGAGCCUCAUGCUAUGCGCGACCGUGACCUCCGCCACGUGCCCUAUGAGCUCUUCCACAACUGCAUGAGCACCAGCUACAGCUACUUGUUUGCCAACAUCCAGCACAUAGAGAGACAGCAGCGGUUGCUUCGUGGUGUCCCAUACCCAAGCCUGGAUGCUCCGCUUGAUCAGGAACCGGAGUGCGAACCCAAGCCAAAACCACGACCCAUGAACCUGCGUCAUGCCAUAGCUACAGUGAUCAUCACCGGCAUUGUGUGUGGAGUUGUGUGUCUCAUGAUGCUGGCUGCUGCCGUGUACGGGUGUGCCUAUGCUGCCAUCAUGGCUAAAUACCAGCGGGAGCUAAAGAAACGGGAAGAGGAGGCUGGAAGAAUAGAGAGAGAGAACACGGGCAGGGAACGGGAGAAAGAGCAGCUGGAAAAUGCCAUAGCGUGAAAAAGAGUAUUAUGAGAGCGAGAGAGAGAGAGAGAGAUGCAAUAAUACUCAUACCUCACCCAGGGAUAUUAUCUGGCCAAGCCUCUUGCAUGGCAAACUCUUUAAAAAAUUGUAAGAUAGAGCUACACACAUACUUAGGGAUCUGGAUGGGUUUUAUUACACUCAUAGGAUUUAUCACAACUAUUGUGAUAUCUUCUCAGACGGACAAACGGUUACUUGAUUUCUGCUUUGUCAUCUACUGUAUCACUCAUUCCAUACAUUGUCCUCUCUAAAUGGGAAGUUGAAAGGAAAAGAAGAUACAUGUGCUAUAAUGCAGUAUAGCCACAGUACAGUCAAAAAUAAAAAUGAUAUUGGCAUCCUUAAUGAAAAUGAACAAAAUGAUUAUGUUAAAUAAGCAUUUCACAAAAUGAUUCAAAUCAUCCAUUCAAACAAUUAAUGAAACGAACUACCUCUAACAACAGUCAGUCUCAUCUCCUUUUUGUAAAUAAUAGCAUUUUUACUAUUUAAUAUUUAAAGUACAGUAAAUGCAAAUAGAAUAUAAAUAAAAUAAUAUAGUUUUUCAAUUGCCCCCUCUGGGAAAUCUAUUGAUGCCACUGAAGACUCUGGGAAAGCUACUGAUGUCACUGAAUUCCCUGGUGUAUAAUUACGAGGUUACAGAAUCCCUUUGCCAUCCAUCACCAUGGGAAAAACCACAGAACACAAAGCAAAAUUUAAAAAGUUUAAGCAGUUCAAAAUCUGCCAAUAACUGGCUGCAUAUUGCCCACAUGCACAGUGAGUAGGAUGGUAAUAUAGACAAAAACGACAAACCCCAAGACCACAUUUUCAGAACUGCACCGUUUAUUUCAUUCUUGGGGUUGUCACGUUUCAAAAUCAGCCAUUAGACGCCACCUUCAAAUUAUCUGGUGGCAAGACAGAAACCCUCCUGAGAGCACUUCACAAAAUGCAGCAUCAGAAAUUCGUCCAAUUGGAACUACAACUGGAAUUGUGUGUUGUAGAUGGAUGAGACCAAAUCAAACUACUUAUCUGUGCAUGUCUUUUUGAAAGGGACCAUAUACAGGGAUUCCUGAUUGCCUCUGCCAGGAAAUUAAGACACCACCAUAAAGAGAUUUUUCAACAAGACACUGGCAUCAAACAUACAUCCAAAUCAACAGAGAAAUGGUUGUGGCACACAGCAUCAGUGUUUGCUAGUGACCAUCUCAGUAUCUAGAUUUAAACCAUACUGAAAACCUAGGGUUUCAUUUUAAGAUUACAGUUCAAAAGCACAAAUCUAAGAAUACAAGGAGUUCAAGUGUCUUCAAUCAUGUUAAACAUUAGAUCAAUAGGUUGACUGCUAUAAUAAUAAUAAGAAGAAGAAGAAGAAGAAGCUCUCAUUUGUUAAGCUCAAUAUAUCUACUGCAUGUUAUACAAAUACACACACGUACAUGUUUGCUCAUUUUUAUAAAGGGUGCCAAUAAUUAUAGACUUGACUGUACGUUCAGAGAUACAAUAAGGCCAAAGAUACUGGAUACAUAUCAACAAGCUCUAACUAUAUAUCUGGGGGUAUAUUUUGUCUAAUGUAAGUGCAUUUAAUGACAAUAUGUAAAUCUUUGAGUAUCAUAGUGGUUUUCAGUUUCUGUUUAGGGUUCAUUUGGGCUGUUUAUUAUCAGGUUAAGUAGGCAGCUUCUACUAUGCAUAUGUCCUAGUUUUUGUGCAUGUGUGUGCUGUACUGUACUCCAUCAACAUUUCUAACUCAACCUUUGACUAAUUUAGAUAGACCGAUAAGAGUUUAUUAUUUAAAACUAUUUGCGGUUUGCACAAAAAGCCUCACAAAGAGGUAGAUUGCACAUACUCAUACAUAUGGAUGUGAAAGGGGAUGUGAAGGGCAUGGGGUUCUUAUAUAACAUGAGACACACACACACACACACACACACACAAUCAAAUCAGGCAUGAUGUUUUUCGUAAAAAAAAAAAAAGAAAAAAAAAAGAGCCAACAGGCUGCAAACAAGGCUGCUAAGCCUAGAUUUGUUGUCACACUCACACACACAUGCUUUAGUUGCCCUUGGAGUGUGAUGUCAUCAGCUUGUCGGCUUAUGUUAGUGCUAGCAAAUGCUCAUGAGGUGAAAGCUCAUUGGGGCGGUCUAUAAACUGAAGCUCUGACUGGCUAGUGUGUGUGUGUGUGUGUGUGUGUGUGUGUGUGUGUGUAAGCUCCUUACCCUUGCACUCAGUUCUAUCUCAGCAUCAAAUUCUUUACAGAAUAUGUUGUACAGUAAACCUCAGUGCUACAUGACAGGCAUUAAUAUGUUUCUAUUUGAGAAUGGAACACCAUGAACAGCUCUGUUUUCUUUACAUAAUUGAACUAAAAAACUAAAAAACACUGAAGUAAUAUCUUUCUUUACCUCCUUCCCUUCUUCCUUCCAAUACGUGUACUUUAUAGGUAAAAAAUUACUGACUGUAACUCAUCCAUUUGUCAGUCCCCUUCUACCAUAACCAUCCAUGGAAAUGGACCACCACUAGAUAUUUUUUGGGUGAUGGACCAUUCUCAUUCUCAUCACAGCAGUGACACUGACAUGGUCGAGUGUGUUGCAGUGGUUUGAAUGUAUCAGGUGAUGCAGCAUUGCUGGAAUUUUGAAACACCUCAAUGUAACUGCUAGGUUGAGGAAAGGGGUGCAUGACUAUUAAUUAUUUACUAGUCGACCAGUAAUUCAAAAAGAAGUCAACUAAUUGACUAGUCAUCAUUUCCAUAAUUAAAGCAAAAACUGUUUAAGGACAUCACUAAUUUUAGCCUCUUUUAUUUGUGCAGCAAAGAACAAAUCAAACCACACUUCAGUGAACAACCACACAUCAGGUACAAAUAACAUUUCUAGCUUCAAUGCUUUUUUAGGUCGUACUAUUAACAAUGAAUAAAUGUGUGAAAUAAGAAAUCUGUGUCUAAUAUUACUCUAUUUAAGGUAUUAAUAAUUCUUAAACUGCACUCAUGGAUGAGUCAGCUGCUCAGCUAAAAAUGUAGAUUCUGAAACUGAGGGCACACAGCACAGAAGCUGCUUAUACUUUAAUGAUGGAUGCAGGAUGUGAUGUUUACAACAGCAACUGGGAGGGUUUUCCACCAUGUUCAACUCCAGGCUCAGUAGCAUCCGAAAAAAAGGACUCUGGAUCAGCCUUUCUGACCCGGCAUGUUUCACUUAUCUAAAGCUAAGCUAGCUAAGUGGGAUUGGACAGUGAUGUGCAACCCACGGCUCGAAAAGCACUCUUUCACACACUGCUGGUGUAUGAUGAAAUUCACUAUGCCACACUGCAAGGAUUUUAUUUACAUUUCAUUUAGCUUUAAAGGACAGAGAAAAAUACUGCAGGAGGAAUUACUUUGGGAGCAGGUGGGAGUAGGAUUAAAAAAACGCAGCUCGCAUACACCUCUCCACUUCACACAGAGUGAUAUCAAAGUGUCAACCAUUAAGCAAAAAAAUUUGCAGCAUAAUCUUGUGCAUUUGACUGCAGAAUUUACCUCAUCUAGUCUGAAAUAUUUUCAGACUAACAAAAUACAUUGAGCUGCUUUCUUUACCAUCUGCUUGCAUCUCCUAACAUCUACGUAACUGUUUGUUUUUUGACUAGUCAGCAUCCCCACAACAGCGACUAGUGAAUAUAUUAUUCCAUGCAACCCCUAGCUGAGAAUAGUGCACCAACAAUAAUAAUAAUAAUAAUAAUACACAGACCCCAGCAUUACACUACAUACACUAAUACACUAAUAGCAGUACUAUGAGUACUACAAUGCCAAAUAAUAUCUGGUUUGUGGUGGUGCUGUAGUGGUCCAUUUUCCAAUUGUGGACUGGAUUGAGGAAACUGACAAAUAGUACAUAAUCUCAAAUAAGCCAUAGUAAGUAAUUUUAUAACAAUGGACGAAGGUAUAUGGUGUACCUAAUUAUCAAGCAAAUAAGUGUACAAAAAGCACCAUCUAUGCAAAAGUCUACCCUGAACCAUAUUGCCAUAUGACUGAUUUGUGUGUGCGUGUGUGUGGGUGUGUGUGUGUGUGUGAAGGUGUAGGUUUUUAAGUUUUGUUUAUCUUAACAGAGAGAAUAUUGCUGAUGUAUAUUAUUUAUUUAUGAAUAAUAUAUGUGUAUUUUAACAGAUAUGUAUAUUUAAAAAAUGUGUUUAAGAUUAAAUAUUUCAAUUUGUUGAAAAAGGUCUUCAUUUGUGUGUGCAUGUGUAGGGGGGUGUAGGCAGUCUUUAUCUAUUUGUGUCUUUCUUCAUCCCUCGCACCCUCUCCUUUUAUUCUUUUCCUCCUUCACUUUCCUAUCUACUUGCUCUACUCUUCCUUCCACCUCUCCCCUCUCAAUCCUUGCGGUACAGUAAAGUGACCUUUUACAUCGUGACAUGUUGCAUUCCCGAAAGCGCCUACAUGCAUUUUUCCCUUGUGCAAUUUAGAAUAAAAAUGCACCUGAUGCAUACUGACAC